UGUGGGAUGACGUCAAAUUCAAGAUGGAUGGAAUCACGACCAGUGCGCAGAAAUCUACACAACAGUGAAUAAAGUGGCGGCUGUGCGGAGGAAAGAGCGCAGCGACGACGGCCACGCUAUGGAGAGCCUUGUACAUUACAGUAACCCCUCCCAUGCCCUGUCAGUGUUGGGGCUUCUCAAUGAGCAGCGGCUGCGGGGUCAGAUGUGUGAUGUAGUCCUGGUUGUGGCUGACCAGAGGUAUCAGGCUCAUAAGAGUGUUCUGGCUGCCAGCAGUGAGUAUUUCCAGUCCCUGUUCACACGGGUGGAUGCAGAAUCACUGAAAGUGGUCAACCUGGACUUCUGUGAACCCGACGCCUUUGAAAUAGUUCUGAAUUACAUUUACUCCUCCUCGCUCUUUGUGGACAAAGGCAGCCUGGCAGCCAUUCAAGAACUGGGCUACAGCCUUGGAAUCCCUUUCCUUACCAACAUAGUGUCUGCAAGGCCACAUGCAUCAUAUUGUGUGUCGAGAAAAAGGCUUUCGUUCUCAGAAGGGGAUGAGAAUGAUGUCCAGACAAGGAGUGUCAUUGUUUGUCGGGUCCGGAAUGACACGACCCAUCCCUCUCGCCCAAAUUAUCAGAGAAAAACACCAGAGAGAUCGUUAUCUCCUCACUCGACCCCUGUGUCAGCUCACCCACCAGCAGAUCACAACUCGCAGGAAUCUGUAAGAAACUCUGAAUCCAUCAGCAGGAAAUUAUCUGAACAAAGUGAAGCUGCUGACAGGAAGUUCACCUAUCCCUACACCUCUAUACUAAAAGGGAAAUCAUCACACAUCACAUCUCUUCGGCCUCAGCUGACAUCCUCAGUGUCAUUCAGUGACGCUGAAACGCAGCACAUCAGGAUGCAAUCCGGCACUGACCGUGUUACUAAAGAUGAAGAGGAGCAAGAGCAGCGCUAUCACACCAAAGUGCCCUUUGAGGGUCAGGCCCGUGAGCCAAGCCAGACCAUUGACAGGAGUGGGCCGCUCAUAAAAAGCCUACUCCGCAGAUCAUUAUCUAUGGACAGCCCCGUUCCCGUCUUCUCUCCCACACUGGAGCUCAAGGACCUGCAAAAUCGAGAACAGUCGGUGGUUAAAAUGGCAUCAAAAGCGUCUGGGCCAGAACCUUCGGCUCAAAAUGGCAAUCCAAAAAACGCAUCUCUGGUUCUCAGGCCACCGUACCCCAGCAGGUAUGAUGAAGAAACUCAGGUAGAAAGAGUGGUCAGUGUGAAAGCUGAGCCAAGCAGUCCUCUCCCCGACCCAAUGGACAUUGUCCGAAUCACAGUGGGAGAUGCUUUGCCUGUCAAUCUUAAAGACUUGCAAACAAAUUAUGACCAAGUUUCCAAGAUAGACUUCAAUUCUUCGGGAAAAAGAAAGGAAAGACCAGACAACAGAAGGUACCCAUUCAAGAAAAACAAAUUAUAUAAAGAACGUACCUUCUCAUUUGAUGAGAACAUGACAGAAACGGUACAUCAGAGUGCAAGCAGUGAGUCAAAUGAGAACAGUGGGGAGCCGUCUAAGAACAAGAUUUUCAAAUGCUGGAACUGUUUGAAAGUUUUCAGGUCCAGCGCUGGUCUACAUCGUCAUGUAAAUAUGUAUCACAAUCCUGAAAAGCCGUAUGCCUGCGACAUCUGCCACAAGCGCUUCCAUACCAACUUCAAAGUGUGGACACACUGCCAAACUCAGCAUGGUGUUGUACAAAACCCUGCCUCAUCCUCCAGUUCCUCCGUGCUAGAUGAGAAAUUUCAAAAGAAGUUAAUAGAUAUUGUGAGGGAGAGAGAAAUAAAGAAAGCUUUGCUUUGGAAGCUGAAGCGGAAUAAGCAGAGCUUGCAAUCUCCUGUACUCACCAAGAAGAGAUUAAGGCCCAGCUAUAUAUGUCCUUACUGUGGGAAAGUAUUUGUGUUCCAGUCUCAGUACAGGCAGCAUUUAAGGACGCAUCCUGCAGAAAAAGCUGAGCAGGACACAUCAAGUGAAGGCAUCCUCUACCAGGAGCAGGAGGACAUCAUUCCACAGAAGAAUGCAGAUACUGGUGUUUACUCUUGUAGACUAUGUAAUAUGAAGCUGUCAUCUCUCUUUGAGCAGGGUGAUCAUGAGAGGGGCUGUCGUCAUGCGACUGUGUGUCCUUACUGUGGCCUCAGAUUCUCUAGUCCAUCUGUCAAGAGGGACCAUGAGGCACAUUGUAAGUAUAAGAAACUGACAUGCCUGGAGUGUAUGCGGACCUUCAAAUCCUCCUUCAGCAUAUGGCGUCACCAGGUGGAGGUCCAUAACCACAACAUGAUGACUGUUAAGGAGCAGAUUCAACUACGGCAACAAGAGAACAAUGAAGAGGUGUCUGACAUUCUCCAAGAGGAGCAUUACAGUGAUGAGCCUCUUGUGACUGGAAUCUCAAGAGAGAACAUCAGUUACAGUGACUCCUCAGGUCCACACAUGUAUGAUUCAGAAGACUCCUCGUCCUAUGUGCCUGAGGACCUGAGCAUGGGUCACUAUGGUAAGCUUGUAGUCAAGGAAGAGCCUUUAGAGGAGGCUGUGAGUGAGCGGGAAAACACAGAGUCUGCCAAAACUGGGUGUGAGGAACCUGGUGUGUGGCCAUGCGAGAAAUGUGGGAAUCUUUUCAGCUCACGUAAAGACCUGGAACGACACCAGGAGCUGCUAUGCCACAUUAAACCAUUCAUCUGUCACAUCUGCAACAAAGCCUUCAGGACCAACUUCCGCCUUUGGAGCCACUUCCAGUCCCAUGUUCACGAGCCUGGAGCCAAAGAGAUCGAAAGACACCCUUCACCCCUGACUCCCUCCCCUCCCACGACUCCUCACAACCCUGAGCAUUGCUCACCACAGGCCACCGUGCUCAAAUCCACCCAGGCGGGCCCAGUCGCCGCAGGGAUGGCCGAGGAGUCCAGUAGCCCCGAGCCCUGCAGCUCAUCAACAGGCAAAACCAAGAGGCUCGAACCAGAACAGCAACCCAGCAGCCACAGCCCUCUGUCAAGGUCGGACAGUAUGGAGAAUCCAGGUGGCCCUCAGGAAUCAGACACACUCUUUUACCAUGCUCCAUCAUUGUCUGCACUGACAUUUAAGAGGCAGUACAUGUGUAAACUCUGUCACAGGACCUUCAAGACGGCCUUUAGUCUGUGGAGCCAUGAGCAGAGUCACAGCCACAUGUAAUCAUCAGACAGGUUUUAGCAGUUUGUUUCUCCUGAGAAUGUAAGCGAAGUGCAUUCACCUGAAAAAAGCUCUUUUUCUGAAUUAAGAAGGUGGUUUUUCCUAAAAAAUAAAGUAUGGCUGUGUUUCUGCAUGACGUAACUUGUUUUCAUUUAGGACAAACUGAACAGGACACAGCAAUUGAAGGAGAUCUCGAGCAAGAACAGGAUGGGAGCCACGGGAAAGACAGCUUAAUGGAAGCAAAUGUGUCCCGCUUGUCUAGUUUAAUCAAGUCUUACUUUCUUUUGUUUGAGACAGUGGAGAUUAGGUAUUUAAGACAUUCACAGACUGUCUGCGUUAUUAAGGUACGAGUGAGGCCUUGUUUGUGUUUUGAGUACUUUUCACUCACAAGUUAUUGAUUGUAGGAAGACAAAUCAGACAAAAAUCAGAGCAGAAAAAUGAUCUUGAUAAUUCAGAAAACUGAGCUUUCUUUAUUUCUUUCUUUUCUUUUUUUCAGGUAAACACAAUAUGCUUCUGUGCAUGAGAGACAUUACCUGAUAGAAUAAAUACACCUCAGCCUACAAAAGGAAGACUUUGAAUGUAUAGUUAAUAUCCGCUUGCCUCCAGUGUCAUAUAUUAAAGUAGCCAUGUUCAAUAGAGGUGUAAACGUGAAUGUGCAAUCAAUUGCUAGAUCCCUUUGUGAGAUGAAAUGAUCAUAAAUGGUUUAUUUUACUUUCUAAACAUUUAGCUAUUUUAAUCCUAUUUUGGUUGUUUACUUGUACUAAUCUAUCGUGGUGUUUUGGGAAAUCAGGGUACAUAGUUGCACCCCUCGACGGAAGAUGGUACAACUGUGUACACUUUUUUUUUUCCCAGCGUGGAAAAAGUUGUUUAAACAUUUGGAGGUUGCUGUUGAAUUCAAUAUUAGUGCUUUAUUGCUUUCCUGUCAGAUCUAUCUUUUGAUGUGAGUGACAUCCCUUAAGAUGAUAUUAGUGGCCUCAACAAUGUAUUGAAUAUGCACUUUGUUUUAACAGUUUGACUCUGUUACAUGGGGUGACUCAGUCCAAAAUGUUUGCUUGGGUUUUCAUAACUGAGGUUUUGGCCGGCAGACGUAAAAACAAUAGCAAGGCCCAGCAGUUUGUUUUCCUUUCUUCACACUCACACAGCAUUCCUUUGAAAUGCGGUCUCUUUUAUUGGAGCCGCAGACUGAUUGACCUUCAGUAUAAUCUAGCACACGCUGUAUGUCAGACUCACCUCAGACACCUCAUGCUGUCAGCACUGCAUCUCAGUGUGCAGCCGUCAUUGAUUGCUUACACUCUUCAUCCAGCACUUAACAGUUUACUGCAUCUUCUUUGUUGCGAGUCUGGUGAGUCAUUUUUAGAAGCAAACGAGACGAGUGCAAUUAUCCAUCGUAAGAUUUGAGAACAUUGUGUAUUCCCUCUACAGGUAAAUGAAAAUUGUGUUUUUAAAGAUUGCUGAAAGAAACCAUCUGUAAAAGGUGCUCAAACCAACUGACUAGUAAAAAUUGGACAUGGUGGGUUUGAUAAAUCACAUCAUUCUAGUGUUGAGCUGAUGUCAGCUUCUACAAAUAAUUUUGAAGCAAACAAACGUUAAGAAGGCGUUCAUAAAAGCAUGCUGCAGUAUGGUUAUGCAGUUUUCAACUUGAUCAUGGAAGUUAGAAUAUUCAUUUGUGUACAUUGGACUUAAUUACCGAUUCAUAAAGAUCCACCACCCCCAGCAGCAGCAGCAGUGUUAUGUAAAUACUCAUACACUGACGGAUUUGUGCAAUGAAACAGGUGGUGAUAACCCAGCUUUACAGUGCUUUGGUGGCCUUAUGCAAAUGUUCAAAUACUUAUUAUUUUACAUAAAAGCACAAAAGAGUUUCAGACAACUUAUGACUCAGGCAUUUAGAUUUCGGGUGGUACAGUGAAGAAGAUGGAGGCGUGAGAGAAGCUUUUUGUUCUAUUCUUUGAAUGAUGAGAGAAUGUUCUUGCUUCCUAAAGGUUUAUAUCUGAAGAUUGUGUUUUGAUUGUAUUCCAGUUGUUCCACAGUUGUAUUCUCGUAUACAAGUAUAUAUAUAUAUAUUUCUGCUUUGGCUUGACUGAUUAGAAGAUGUGUCAUAAGUUAUUAUGAUUGCUACUACGUGGGUGAAGUUGGUUGCUCCACAAAAAAAGAAAAAAGAAAAAUUGUGAGGGAUUUUUUUUCCUCUAAAUUAGCAACACAAGCUGCAUAGUGGUGUAAAAUUCAUUGGAGAAAUCCUGUAUCGAUAGUGCUCUUAAUUUCUUGUGAGAAACUCUUUUUCAAGGUUUCACAGAAAUGACUAGAAUUGUGUAUAUGGAAGUGUUUGUAUCUUCGAUUUUGUACCAAUUUUGUUAGUAUAAAAAAGGUUUUAUCUUUCUAGUAUUCCUGUGCUCUCACUGCAAUAACAAAUACUGUACUAUUUGUAUCAACAUUGGUUGUAUUAUUGUUGCUUUUGGAGACAUGCAGCUGUUUUGUGUUUAGGUUUUUCUACAGUUCUUGUGCUUCAUUUCUGUAAUAAACAGUAACAAUGGAGAAUA